AUUGCAACCAAACAAAUACUAUCCCACACAUUGACUUCCUACCCCUUCCCUUCGUCUCUCCCUAUCAUCCUCUCUCUGCAGCUCAGCUAGCCUCACUGUCGCCCUCGUCAGUCUUAUAUAUUUUAUGUGCUCUCUUGUUCCCUUGUGUGAUGUCUCCUCUUCCUCUCCCUAUCCUUGCUUUCUGUGCCUCUCAACAAAGGGCAGUGUUCCUUGCUAUGUCAUCUAGCUAGAUAGCACAGAGCAAGCUGCCUGGGCAGGCAGCUAGAAAAUUAACAACAAAAAAAAAAGGUCAGGAGCAGUGGGAUUUGGUAGCUUGCUGUUGCUUUUGGCUUCGUCUCCGGGCACAUCUCACUGCUGAAACCUCAUGGGGAGGGCUCCGUGCUGCGACAAGAACAAUGUGAAGAAAGGGCCAUGGUCUCCUGAGGAGGACGCCAAGCUCAAGGAGUUCAUCGAGAAGCAUGGCACCGGUGGGAAUUGGAUUGCUCUCCCUCAAAAAGCAGGGUUGAGGAGAUGUGGCAAGAGCUGCAGACUUAGAUGGUUAAACUACCUGAGGCCUAACAUUAAGCACGGGGAGUUCACUGAGACCGAAGACAGGGUCAUCUGCAGCAUGUAUGCAAGUAUAGGAAGCAGGUGGUCGAUCAUCGCGUCGCAGCUGCCCGGGCGCACCGACAACGACAUCAAGAACUAUUGGAACACCAAGCUGAAGAAGAAGCUCCUCGGCUCCUCAGCCGCGCCACACCCUCACCGCGCACCACGGCAGCAGCAGCAGCAGCAGCACCACCACCACCGGCCCGGCCUCAACCUGAUGCUCCAACAAACGUUGCCCUCCUUACCCCAGCUGGCCACCUACAACAGCUUCUUCUCCGGCGCAGGCGGAGGAGCCCUCCACCACGACGACCCCAUCAUCCCCGCGCUAGCACUUCCGCCGCCACACCAGGACUACAUGCUAAGCCCCGGCGGCGGCGCCGGCCUUGGCAUCCCAACGUCACUGCUGCACGCGCAGCAGCAGCAGCAGUUUCAGCAGCAGCACCAGCAGCAUGUGGUGAAGGAGGAGAGCGGCAGCAUGAUCGUGUUCGGCAGGGACCAGCAGAGCUGCAGCUCGUCGGACGGCGGCGGCGCGCAUAGCCAGCACCAGCCGCAGUACGGCAAUGGCCAUGGCAAGGAGCUGAGCUUCGACGGCUACUUGUUCGGCUACAGCAACGGCGGCAGCGGCAUGGAGCACGACAACUGCGGCAGGCUGAUGCAGCAGCUGCAGGACGCUCACCAGCAGCAAGCCCAUCAGCAUCUAGUGCCUGUGGAGUACAACUACGAGGAGAUCAAGCAGCUGCUCAUGAGCACAGCCGCCGCCGAUACUCUGCACGCCGCCGGCAGCCACGACGACGACGACGACAACGGCGGGAUUGAAGGGUUCGGCGGCUCGCAAGGGAAUAAGGUGACGAUGAUGUAAAUUGACGACUGCUUCUGAGAGAUGGACGUACGACACGACACAGGGUAAAAGCGAUUGAUGAUCAACGCGCAAGGUGUGUGUUUGAUUUUUACUGCUGUAUUCUUGCUUCUUCUUACUUCUCUUCUGAUUCUAUGGCCGUACGUGUAGUGUGCUAGUACGUGCGCGUGCGUACGUGUGUGUGUGGGCACGUUAAUUACCCUGUGUCAUGGCUGCAUACACGUGCAGGAUGCUGCGUGCGUGUUACAGGCUGUGUAUGUGACCGUGACAUGGGAUCGAAGAAAUUCUGCCCUCUCCUCUCUCUCUCUCCUCCUAUAUAUUACUGUUGUACUUGUCUCUCUUUCUCUCUCUCUUUUGCCUCACCAGAGAGGUAUAGUGUCACGAGCAUCAGAGCAAGAUGAGGUACACUGUUGCAAGACUUGUUACCGUGUGUUUCCUA